CUCACCCACGACGACGACUCUCCGCCCUUCGACAACUUCAUAAUCAUCGACAAUGGGACGCCUUCACUCUAACGGAAAGGGCAUAUCUGCCUCCGCCAUCCCAUACUCCCGCACUCCUCCAGCAUGGUUGAAGACCACUCCUGAGCAGGUUGUCGACCAGAUUUGCAAGCUUGCAAAGAAGGGAGCUACCCCAUCGCAAAUCGGUGUUGUCCUCCGUGACAGCCACGGUGUUGCCCAGGUCAAGGUUGUGACCGGUAACAAGAUUCUCAGAAUCCUCAAGUCCAACGGCCUCGCACCAGAAAUCCCAGAGGAUCUUUACAUGUUGAUCAAGAAGGCCGUCGCUGUCCGCAAGCACCUCGAGCGCAACCGCAAGGACCAGGACUCCAAGUUCCGCCUGAUUCUCAUCGAGUCCCGCAUCCACCGCCUGUCCCGUUACUACAAGACCGUCGGUGUUCUCCCACCCACCUGGAGAUACGAGAGCUCCACCGCCAGCACCAUGGUCUCAUAGAUCAUUCGUUGGAAUGGAUGUUUAAGGAGUUGGGGCCGGAUAUCUUGCAUUAUGAUCGAGGUUACUGUUCUAAAAGCUCGGAUAGCUUAGAUCUCAGUGAAUUGAAACCCGCACGCACCACCCG